UCGCAUCGUUCACUUUUUCAUGAAUGUUACGGUCGAACGGAGGUGCAGUUGGAGUUCCCAUCCGUGCUAAGGACAGCUCUUGGUCCCCGGUGUAGUGCCGAUUUUUGUUUCCGCGAACGUGCGUUCCGUUUCCGCACAGUGUGCUGGCCAGCCGUAACCUUCGCUUACUCAUCAUUAAUCGCUGGAACGCGUUGUGCGUUCGUGAUUCACACUCCGUAACGCCAAACCGCGAGUAAGAGCAAUACACACAGCAAAAUGAAAAUCUGGACAUCGGAGCACAUCUUCAACCACCCCUGGGAAACCGUAGCACAGGCGGCCUGGCGCAAGUACCCAAAUCCCAUCAACACAGCCGUCAUCGGUACCGACGUGGUAGAACGGAGGGUCGUUGAUGGGGUUCUACACACGCACCGGCUGGUCAGCUCCAAAUGGUACUUCCCACAGUGGGCACAAAAGCUCAUCGGUUCACCAAACGUGUGCUAUGCGAGCGAAAAGUCAACCGUCGAUCCGCAGCAACGGUUAAUGACGCUCAAAACGAUCAACCUCACGUUUGGCAGCUUUCUUUCAGUGUACGAAACACUUAGCUACGUUCCACACCCGACCGAUCCGAGCAAGACGCUCCUGAAACAGGAAGCGACAGUGCAGGUCGAGGGCGUACCGCUGAAUCGCUACAUGGAGGACGUGCUCACGAAGAACAUCAGCAACAACGCCGGCAAGGGUCGCCAAGGGCUGGAAUGGGUGAUAGGCAAGCUGAAUGCUGAGAUGAAAGAACUGGCCAGCAGUGCGGCAACCAGCACAAACGAGAUCCUGACACAGACGAAAAAGUCGCUCGACGACAUUACGGAUCAGGCUCGCAAGAGCAUGGACGAGCUCAGUGCGACGGCGCAGAAGAUUCACAUAUAGUAACAAACGCUGUACAGCGGCGUCGUCGGCGUCAUCCAGGACCAGUGGAGGAGCCGGUGAGGCACCGGAAGGAAAUGGUACAGCAGGAGUCCGGCCUACAACGCCCUUCACGUCGAAAGCUUCGCUCAGACCAUCACCGCAGCAACAAUCGUCGAACAGCGCCAGUACCGUUCCUUCGUCGGGGCCCUCUUACACUGCAAACGGCAGUACGGUGGGCAGUACCGGAGCCGAGGCUUCUUCCUCCGGUGCACGGAAGGAAACUGCGAGCGAGCGAAAUGGUCGUGGUGCGUUCAGCACCACCACCACCCGGGGCAGCUAGCGUCCCGGGCGAUCAGCCGAUCAUCAUCACGAUCGUCAUCAUCGGCCUCUUAGGUUAUUGUUUUGAAACGGUGUUCCUCGUCUCGUAUCUCUUUCUGGUUCUCUCUUGCAAUUCCUUACUGUCUCGUUAAGUCACAGUUUCCCUCCAGUAUGCGAUUCACUUUAGUUCAUAAUUUAUUCCCAUUCGCCCCCCGAACAUUGGUUGUCGCUUCGAGAGCAGGAGUGACAAACACGGAUAGUACGAAAAGUUAUUAGAGAUAAACAAUGUGUACCAAGCAGAGCAGAGACAAAAAUCAGAAUGGGCGGGAAAGCGGGGACGGUGCUGUACAGCCAUCCUACCGAGCGGAUUAUUAUUAUUUGUACCGAAAUGUACGUAAUGCAAUUCCUGUAUUAGUAGCCGUAGUACGCCGCCGGAGGCUAAGAAGACAGAUACAAAGUGUGGACAUGUUGUGAACUGUGUGAAUGGAAUUCGGAAUGAUCCAAGUUUUGUGCACGCUGCCAAAUCCGUUGCUCGCCCGAUUGUAGACAUUUUAAUUUACAUUUAAUUAGGUCAUUUUCAAAUUGCUACUUGAUAUAAACGAAAAGAGACGCGAAACCGCUUCUUAGAACAACA